AUGCUAAAAACCCUCUGCGCUGUAUUGAUUUUGAUUGGUACCUGCCAAGCAGGAACGCAUGCAAACACAAAGGCUCUCAAGACAGAUCUGUUCACCAAUAAAAGCUACGACUACAAGAUCCGACCCAUAGAUGACCAGUCAGAGGCAAUGGAGAUAACUGUCGACCUGCAUCUGCUGGCAAUAAAUGAGGUGAGCGAGUCCGCAGAAACGUUGAAGACAACUGCAUUCUUAAAUCUGUUUUGGAAUGACGCCUUUCUAAAAUGGGACAAAGACACCACUGAUAUAACGGUAGCAUUCUGGCCACAGGAGGAUGUAUGGAAGCCUGACAUUGCCUUGAAGAAUUCCAAUGUUGACUACAAGGAUCUCGGCGCGCCGUCACUCAAUGUGCAGAACACGGCUGAGGGGUUCGUGACCUGGAUGCCCUUUCAUGUGUUUGAAUCAACGUGUACGAUCGACAUUACAAACUUCCCAUUUGAUUAUCAGACCUGCUAUCUGAAGUUUCAGGCUUGGAGUUACAGAAAAUCAGAGGUUAUAAUGUUGGGUGGAUCGAAUGGAAUCGAAAUGUCCGAAUACGAACCCAAUUCGGGUUGGGAAGUCACUGCCACCGGUUGGGAAAUUCAGGAAGACAGCGAUGACAGCGCCAUAAGCUUUAAGCUUCAACUAAAACGGAAACCGCUGUACUUCAUGCUGUCUGUUAUCUUACCUAUAAUAACGCUAGCAAUUUUAAACCUCUGUGUUUUCCUUCUGCCAUGUACGAGUGGCGAAAAGGCCAGCUAUGCGAUUACGGUAUUCUUGUCUUUCGCUGUCUUCCUUACUAUUGUUUCUUCACAGUUGCCAAAGAAUUCUGAAUCCGUGUCAUUGAUUUCGGUCUUUCUCAUUAUCCAAACUAUCUGCAGCACAUUGAUAACCGUACUUGCACUGACCCUUCUGCGCAUGUCCAGUUUUGAUGACACGGUGGCAAUACCUCGCUGUCUUGUUUUCUUCGUGCGAUAUGAAGAUUCGACAGUACCCGCUCAUUGA